AUGCAAUCCCUUCGGCUUUUGAAUGAAUUAAAGAGUUAUUGUGAAUCUUCUAUUUCUGAUAAGUCUCAAAAUGAAAAAGGUUUUCCAAUUGCUGUAAAAAUAUUUCCACGUUAUGAAAAUAAAAAAGAAGAAACAAAUCAGAAUAUUAAAGAAGAAGAAGAAAAAGAAAAUUUAAAAUUAAAAAUAAAUUCUGAUUUUGAAUUAAAAAUAAAAGAGAAUAAAAAUUUUGAAAAAUCAGAAAAUAAAAUAAAUGAGGGGGAAGAAGAAGAAGAAAUUUUAACAGAAAAAGAAUUUCAACGUUUAAAAAGACGUCAACUUUUCCCAACAGAAAUAAUUAAUGAAAUUUUAAAUUUUUUAACUUUUAAUGAAUGUGCAAGAAUUUAUACAAGUAAUGGAUUAAUUUGUGGGUUAUUAGAAAGUAGAAGAAAAGUUUGUAUGGAAGUUGUGAGUUUUUAUUUAAAUUUUGUUGUUAAUAUUGGAUGCUAG